AUAUGUGAAUGUUGGAGAGCCCGAAACAAAACCUUUCUUCUUUCUUUCUCCUCAAGACUUCUUGAUGGCGACGGCGAUGGCGGAAGACGCAAGCUUUGAGGACGAUCAGCUGGCGGCCAUGACCACCGAAGAUAUCCAGAGGGCUUCUCGCCUUCUCGAUAACGAGAUUCGAAUCCUCAAGGAAGAAUUACAGCGAACGAAUCUUGAAUUGGAUUCGUUUAAGGACAAAAUUAAGGAGAAUCAGGAGAAGAUUAAACUUAACAAGCAACUUCCUUACUUGGUUGGAAACAUCGUUGAGAUACUGGAAAUGAACCCAGAGGAUGAAGCUGAGGAAGAUGGUGCAAAUAUUGAUCUUGACUCUCAAAGGAAGGGUAAAUGCGUUGUGCUUAAAACAUCUACUCGUCAGACUAUCUUCCUGCCAGUGGUGGGUCUUGUUGAUCCUGAUAAGCUGAAGCCUGGUGAUCUGGUGGGUGUGAAUAAAGAUAGUUACUUGAUUUUGGAUACACUGCCGUCGGAGUAUGAUUCUCGAGUCAAGGCUAUGGAGGUUGAUGAAAAACCAACUGAAGACUACAAUGACAUUGGAGGUCUUGAAAAACAGAUACAAGAGCUAGUUGAGGCUAUAGUACUGCCGAUGACACACAAAGAGCGUUUCCAAAAGUUAGGUAUUCGUCCACCAAAAGGAGUGCUUUUGUAUGGACCUCCUGGAACCGGGAAGACAUUAAUGGCCCGUGCUUGUGCUGCUCAAACAAAUGCUACUUUUCUUAAGCUAGCAGGACCUCAGCUCGUUCAGAUGUUCAUUGGUGAUGGAGCAAAACUCGUUCGUGAUGCGUUUCAACUUGCUAAAGAGAAAUCUCCUUGCAUUAUUUUUAUUGAUGAAAUUGAUGCUAUUGGGACAAAGAGGUUUGAUAGUGAAGUUAGCGGGGACAGAGAAGUCCAACGAACUAUGUUGGAACUACUUAACCAAUUGGAUGGUUUCAGCAGUGAUGCGGAGAUUAAGGUGAUAGCAGCAACAAAUCGGGCAGAUAUUUUAGACCCGGCACUGAUGCGUUCUGGUCGGUUAGAUCGUAAAAUUGAGUUCCCUCAUCCCACUGAGGAAGCAAGGGCCCGGAUCAUGCAGAUCCACUCUCGGAAGAUGAACGUUCACCCAGAUGUCAACUUUGAAGAGCUGGCGCGUUCUACAGACGAUUUCAAUGGAGCCCAACUGAAAGCAGUUUGUGUAGAAGCUGGUAUGCUAGCUCUUCGCCGUGACGCGACUGAGGUGAAUCAUGAAGACUUCAAUGAGGGGAUCAUCCAAGUGCAGGCCAAGAAGAAAGCAAGCUUAAAUUAUUAUGCUUAGGCCACAGUUUGGUUAUUGUAAACUUGGUAUACUUUGUAUGUUUGCUGCUUUAUGCAUAAACUGCAGGAAAGAUAAAAGAAAUGGUAACAAGGCUACUUAUUUCUAUACACUUGGUGAGGAAGGUUCCUGCAA